AUGCAUCUUGACGAGCCGGUCAUAGCGUCCCUUGGGAUAGGCCAGCGGGCGGCGCAUCUGAUCCUCCCACAGGGCCUGGUAAGAGUCAAUGGGCUCUUCCUCCCCGCCAUCAGCCCCAUUGACACCCUCUCGCCGACGAAAGAACUUCCCACCUUCGAAUCGUCCCAGCUUGCUCAGACGCUCUUGGCUCUCCAUCAACUUGGCGUGGCUUAUGAAGCCCUGCCCGCUUCCGCCGCCAAACUGCAGAACCAGCACCUCCUUGAGUGCUUCGCCGUCGUUUUGGGGGCCAUAAAUACUGAUGUCGCCUAUCGUGGGGUAGCGGAAUUGGUCAAAGUUGUGGCGAUGCACGGGGGAGUAGAAUUCUUGCUGGCGAGCGAGGACAAAGAGGUAGUUGUUCUUGGGGUCAUUUGCAUCCCCGAGAAAGAGAUACUUGAACCACAGUCCGCUUCCUCUGUGUUUGAGGUUGAGCCCUUCGAACUGAAGCUGGCUGGUGUCGGCGAUUUCCAUGGUGAAUUUGGCUGUUGGUCUUUUUCGAAAUAG